AUGCAACCGGGGUCGGUCGUCUUCGCGCUUAGCGCGCUCGUGGGCCUCAUUGGCAUCUUCCUCGCGCGGUCUGGGUACACGGGCAAGGAGCACUCCGUCGGCAUCGACCUCGGCACGACGUACUCGGUCGUCGCCGUGAACCAGAAGGACAACGUGAGCGUGAUCCCGGACGCCAGCGGCUACACGCUUCUGCCGUCGAUCGUUGCGUUCAAGGAUGGCGGUGAGGUGCUCGUGGGCCGCUCGGCGCGGCAGUACCGCAGCCAAGACCCGCGCCACACGAUCUUCAACGCCAAACGCUUCAUCGGCCGCGCGUUUGACGCGACCGUCGAGACCGAAGAAGCGCCGCACUACGAGUUCGGUCUCGGCCGCGACGAGGCCCACCGCGUGUGCUUUCCGCUCUCGGUGACGGGCCACGCGACGCGCUGCGUGUCACCGGUCGACGUUGGCGCGCACAUUGUGUCGCAGCUCAAGACCUCGGCGAUGCGCUACCUCGGCCACGACCAGAUUUACUCGGCCGUCAUUGCCGUGCCUGCCAGCUUUGACACGGACCAGCGGCUCGCGACCGUCGCUGCCUUCAAGGCCGCGGGGCUCAAAGUUGCCAACGUGCUCGUGGAGCCCACCGCUGCGGCGCUCGCGUACGGCUUGGACCGCAAGCCCAACGUGCACUACGUACUGGUGUUUGACUUUGGCGGCGGCACACUCGACGUCUCGCUGCUCUACCUCCAGAACGGCUCGUUCGAGGUCAUCGACACGGCCGGCGACAACCACCUUGGCGGCGAGGACCUCGACGACGUGCUUGCGACGCACCUCGUGGCGCGUUUUGAAGAGCUCUUGGCGACGCCGGCGCUCCCGCCGCUCUCGACCCUCGCACGCACCUCGGACGAAAGCGCCUUUCCCUGCACCGUCUCGGGCAUGCGCGGAGUGGCCGAGAAGCUCAAGCGGGACCUUAGCGCGCUGCCGUCGGCCGCCGCGUCGUGCGUUAUCGAGGCGUCGACGGCGCAGCACGCGGCCGGCAGCCUCGCGACGGUCGAGAUGACCCGGCAGGAGUGGGAGGCGCUUGUGGCUCCGAUGCUAUCGCGGACGCUCACGCCCAUCCACGACAUGCUCGACGGCAACGGGAUGGCACCAACCGACAUUGACGAAGUCGUGCUCGUCGGUGGCUCGUCGCGCAUUCCGUGGAUCCAGCACGCGCUCGCGGCCCUUUUCGGCCGCGAACCCAACGCCCACAUUGACCCGGACGUCGCGGUGGCCGUUGGCGCGGCCCGCCUCGCCCAUUAG